AUGGAGGACCAGUUUCAGGCUCACCAGGCCGAAGCAGCCAUCCAAACUAGGGUGGAGGAGGCAGAUUUAAAUUCUCUUGAAUCCCCAGGUUCUCUCUCUCAGGGUCUACCAGGAGUCUUAAGAUAUAAGAGAGAAUCCCAAGAGAGUGCAGUGAACCCAAAAGUUUUCAAGACUCAGGAUUUCUGCUGCUCCCAGUACCAGAGGAUGUUAGAAACUGUUGCCCAGGAGAAGAGGCAGGCCCUGGAGGGAUCUAUCAGGGAGCCUACCCAAUCCAACAAUUCCUUUGCUGGAAAGGAGGAGGAGCUAAGUAACACAGAAGGCAGGCAGCAGCAGAGGCAGAUUGAAAGAUAUUAUGAGGAAUCCAGAGAGACUCAUAGGACUGCCCUUUCUGCAGAGACCAAUCCCAGGCACGCAGUGACCAUUAAUUUCCAGCUCUCUGGCUGUGGGUCAAGAGAGGACAUCUGGUUUGUUAAACAGGAUUCUGGUAUAGAGGAGGACCAUGGAAAAUGCAUGGAGGACGAUCUCACUGAGUCUGGGCCAUUUGAGUUUCGCAUGUCCAAUCUCAAGGAUAGUCCAUGUUUGUUGGAGAAGCACUACCCUGGCGGAAAUAAAUUUCUCACUGUGUUUCCGGAUGGAUCUGGACAAGUACUCUAUCCGUCAGGGCAGCUAGCUGUGAUCCUCCUAACCAGUGGGAAGAAGAGAGUCUGCAUUGUGCAGGAUGAAAAUAAUCCAAAGCAACCAAUCAGAGCCCUGUUUCAGUCUAGUGGCCAAACCACCUGUUACCAUGGCAAUGGCACCAUUUGGUUGAGUAUGGACAUCUGGGGAGGACAGUGUUUGGAUGAGAAUGGAGCCAGGACCAAGAGGUGGAGCUGGAGUGACCACGCCCAAACUCCCACACCCCUCAGGCCCAUCUUCCUGUCACUCAACAAGAGAGUCGGGGUGCGGGUUCUUGGCCAAGGGCAUGUGUUUGUGAGCUUUCUUGCCUUGGGCCAGCAGGUCAGGCUCAGUGUAGGCUCCUGUUUAAAGCCGGUGCAUCUUCCAACUCCUUCCCACGUGUCACCCAUAUCUAAGGAGGAGCUUUUCGUUUUGGCAGGACGGGUUCGGGCCCGUCUGGCUCUUCUCCGUCUACAGUGGUGUAACCGUUUCCCCUCCAGCCGAAAGGCCCUGAGAGCCGGACCCCCGGCCUUCCUCCUCUCCGCAGCCCAGAGGCUGCUGAGUCUGAGCGACCAUUUGCCUAUAGAUGAGCAGGACAGGAAAUACAUCCACACCUGUCUCCAGGGCUGUUUCAGUCAAUGA